AUGAGCAAGUACGCCCCCAGGAUCGCCGCCGAAGAUCGAGCCAGCAUCGAAAAGGAUGUCCAGGCAACGAUGCAGCGAAUCACGAAACUCCGGGAGCGGCUUCACCAUCAACAAGGCGACGAAAUGCUGCACAACAAGCUUCAUUGA